AUGUUUAGAGCAGCAAGAUUUGUUCCAGAAAUACUUUUUUUAUAUAUGUUGGAACAUGUAGAGAGGGCUUCUUUCAGUCUUGUGAUUUUACAUCCACAGCAAGCAGGAACUAUUCUACAAGGAAGAGCCCAUGCCUGUGUUAUAGUUUUAAGCUUGGCUUCAGAGAGUAGCUUCUUUAUCAUUUAUGUUAAAUUUGGAGCCUUAUUCGAGUUUAAAACCAAAUCCAAGUGUUUAAGUAAGAAUCAGACGAUAUUCUGCCAACUCGUGUGGAUUUCAUGCAAAUUACCACACAGGAGUUCUGGGAAGUGGUCUACACUCUACACACAAGAACCUGGGGAUUUGGUAGAAAUUGAUGGACUAAUUAAGUUGAAGCAGUACAAGGUGACUAUUGAUGCCUCUACUCCUGAAGCCAAGGCUGCUGGGAAAUGGAGAAAGGCUUUGAAAGAAGCAGCUGAUGUGGCCGGUUGGGAGUUGAAGAACACUGCUGAUGGGCAUGAAGCUAAAGUCAUUCAACAAAUUGUUGAAAAGCUUUCACUAGAGUUGCGUUCCAUUAAUGUCCGCAUUGAUGAAAACUUAGUAGGCAUGAAGACCCGGAUCAACAAUAUUGUAUCAUCAUUAGGAACUGCUCCUGAUGAUGUUAAUAAGGAAGGAAUUUGCCUCUUCAAUAGGUAUGCAUUUGGGAGAGAAAUUCCCAUUCAAGGGUACGAAGAGCUAUCAAGACAAGUUCUACGUUAUGCUGCUGGUCUUCCCUUGACCAUCAAAGUUUUGGGUUCUUUUCUUUGUGGUAAAAGUAAGCUUGAAUGGGUAGAUGCCUUGGCUAGACUUAAAAGAAUUCCUUUAGAGGAAACUCAAAAAAAGUUGGAAUUAAGCUAUACCGGUUUAAAUGAAGAUUACAAGGAAAUAUUUCUAGAUGUUGCAACCAUACUGAAAGGUUGGCCGAAAGACUUAGUAAUCAAAGCACUUGAAAGCUGUGGAUUUCAUGCUAGAAUUUGUUUAAGGGUUCUUGAGCAAAAAUCUCUUAUUACUUUUAAUGAUAAAUCUGAUGUUGGUGAGUGUGUAGGCAUGCAUGACCAUAUUGAAGAAAUGGGCAGGAAUAUUGUUCGUCGUUCCCACCCGGAUAUGCCUUACAAACAUAGCCGAUUGUGGAUUGAUGACGAGAUUGAAGAUAUAUUGGCUAAUGACUUGGGUACUAAAGCAACAAGAUGUAUAAAAUUUUACAAGGAGAGACUCAAUCCGGAAAUUGUUAUGAAAGGUCUUAGAAAGAUGAAAGAACUUCGGUAUCUUUAUGUGGCUCAGCAAAGUCUUUACUCGAAUAGGGCUAAACGGAACCCAAAUUGUCUAAAUGGUUUUGGUGUACUGUGUUGUAAUAAAGUCACUCCAUACUUCCCAGAUGCUUUACAAUAUCUGCAUUGGAACAAUUACCCUUUUGGGUCUUUACCCAAAACAUUUCAAGCAAAUAAUCUUGUUGCACUUGAGAUGAUCAACAGCAAGAUCGUGCAACUUUGGGAAGGGGGAGAAAGAAAGACUCUCAAAAAGCUCAGAUUCCUAGGCCUCAGUGGCCCAAAGUUGAGGACCUUUGACCUUGGGCUAACUCCAAAUCUCGAGACAUUGACUCUUGGAGGACUAGGUGAUUUGGUAGAACUUAAAAUUCCCGUUGAAUGUCAAAAACUCAGAUCCCUCAAACUUUAUUGUACAAAGUUAAGGCCGUUUGACCUUUGGUUGACUCCAAAUCUCGAGGAGUUGUUUCUUGAAGGUGGUGAUAUGGUAGAAUUUCACAUGCCCCCGAGGUGUCUAAAUCUCACAUCCCUUAAUCUCAAAUAUUUAAAGUUGAGGACACUUGACAUUGGGCUGACUCCAAAUCUUGAGAAUUUAUCUGUUAUGCAUUGCUCUGAUUUGGAAGAAAUUCACAUGGCCAAUGAAUGUGUGAAGCUCAGAUCCGUCUACCUUGAAGGUCCAAAGCUCAGGACCAUUGACCUUGGGCCGACUCCAAAUCUUAAGAGAAUGGAUCUUCAUGGAAGCAAAGAUUUGGAAGAAUUUCACAUUCCCGAAUGCCCAAUACUCACACACAUCAGCAUGAGCUAUUCAAAGUUGAGAAUCAUUGACCUCAGGCUGAUUCCUAAUCUCAAUAUGUUGUUUCUUGUAAGCUGCAUAGAUUUGGUACAACUUCACCUAGCCGAUGAAUGUCAAGAGCUUGAAUCCCUCACCGUUAUGCAUUCAAAGUUAAGGACCCUUGACCUUGGGCUGACUCCAAAUAUCAAGAUGCUGAAUCUUGAAGGAUCAUAUAACUUGUUAGAACUUCAUGCUCCCAUUGGAUGUCUAAAAAAUCUUGUCCGCUUAGACUUAAGUGGCUUUUUGGGGUUUAGAUCUUUUUCGUUUCGCUUAAAUGAUAAUACUUCUGGUAUAGUGAACAAAUCACUUAAGGUUCGUCCUUUAGCUGAGUUACAUUUCACCCUAAAAACCUGCCCAUUUCACCCAGACAAUAAUUUGCUGAAGUUUGAGUUUACAUGUUUUCAUAAAGACGACAUACCUCCAUUGAUUAGAAGUCUCACGAAGCUCAUUUCUGGAGGUGCGUGUGCUUGCACAAAACUUCCGAGGUUUUCAAGAAGCAUUGAGCAGCAAAGAUAUAUUUUUUAUGUUGGAACAUGUCAAGAGGGCUUAUUCAGUUGCAUGAUCUUACAUCCACAGCAAGCACCCACAACUGGAGCUGUUCUACUAGUGAAUAAUCAACAAUUAUUUUGA